CCGAUCUCUUUCUAGUUGUCCCGCCUUUCCGGUUAGUGUGAGCCGGUCGUCUCUGUAGUACAAUGGGUCUGCUUUGCUGUUUUAGAACGCGCAGGUGAUGUUAUCAUGAUUAGACUAAAGGAUUCUCUCCUAAGGCCUUUUCAGGCACCAGUGCAAAUCCAAACUCAUCAGAAUAGCAACUUGUAUCUGUUCAAGACUGAGGGAACAGAUUCAGACGAGUCAUCAGAAGAUGAGUUCAACACUGUGCAGCUCAGGACCAGGAGUAGAGAGCAGGCAAGAGACAAAAGAGGGGAACUGCUUUUGCUUGAACGUGAUGUUUCGGAUGCAGAUAAUCUUAAUAAGUUAGCACUUCAGUAUGGAUGCAAGGUUGCAGAUAUUAAAAGAGUGAACAAUCUAAUUCGAGAACAAGAUAUGUUUGCUUUGAAGUCUAUUAAAAUCCCAGUAAAGAAACAUGGCCUUUUAACUGAGGCAAAUCAAGAAUUAAGGGAUCCUAAAGGAGCUACAUCAUCUUGUGUUCUUGACAUUGAUACAAGCUAUUCUCUGGAUAGUGAUUUGGUUAUAACUGACAGCUACAGGCCUGAGUCUAAUAAGUGCACAAACUUUUUUAAAGAAAUAGACAAAAAUAUUGAAAGAAUUAUUUACUCCACAGAUUCUGCAGGAAAGACUGAUUUUGAGACUUUGAGUAUAGUGGCAAACAAUGCAGAAAACCAAACUACAGCCAAUCAUGGGGCAGACUGGGGAAUCCCCUGGUGGAAUGCAGUCCUUCUUAUGCUCAUUAUUGGAAUUGUUUUCCCGGUGUUUUAUGUAGUAUAUUUCAAAAUACAAGAAAAUGGAGCCUUGAAUUCAUCAGCCACAUCGCCAGCUGCCUCCACUGUUACUUCAGAUGUGACAGAGAAUAAUUUCACUACAAUAAUUCCAGAUAAAGCUUUGAAUUUAAGAAAAAUGAUGCCAAGUAUUGUAACUAGGACACAUGAGAAGGGUAAAUUGCCACUGCCAUCAUAGCGUUCUCAGUAGGUUUUGCAGGUAUCCGCUAAUUUGCUAGUGAAGUACCUGGUAAACGAACUGUAAUCUCUCCACUGAAGAAGGUGCUUAAGUACGUGACUUUGGAGAACUGGUGCUGACAGACCUAAUCCUCACCAUUUAAUCCCCACCUUCCCAAAGGGUAUGUCUGCUGUAUAUAAGAUGGAGCUAUUUGAAAGCCAUUAAAUUCAUUAAAGAAGCAUUAAUAUUAUAUAUAUUUAAUAAUUCAUUGAUUCAGUAUUCAAGCGAUAGUUUAGACAAUUUCCAUUUACAAAAUACUUAGUCUGCAGUACUAAUUGAAAAAGAAUAAACUGAUUUCAUAUAAUUAUUUAUUUUUGUUUCUAUUACUUUCAGUGUUUUAUGGACAGUAUAGUUUUUUCUUAGUAUUUGUGUAGAGGUCCAAAUAGCUGAAUAUUAUGUUCUUUUCUUCAGCAGCUACACAAUAUUUCAGAGUCAUACAGUAAAUGAAAAAUAAUGCAUGCACUUUUAAUAAGUUUGCUUUUUAAGAUGAACUUUGUUUUGUUUUUUUUUUGCUGUAAAUAUAACAUUUGUCUUUUAAGCCAUGGUUGUGUCUGGAAUAUAACUAGUAUUUUUUCGUUAUCAUUAUGGGCUUUAUACAGUGGCUGAAACAAACCGUCAGCUGUUGAGAAAUGUGCAGUUUUAUAUGAGCUAAUAUUUUGCUGGUGUUAUUCUUUUUAAACAUAAUCCGGAAGAGUGACAUUUUUAUAAACUGGAUGAAAAAUGAUUUUAUAUAAAAUGUGUUUAGGCCAUUGUUUUGUAAACAUAAAUCUGUUUACUGACUCCUUGACUAAAUCUGAACUUUCAGUACUGUAUGCUUAAUUGGGUGUUUAUUUUUGUUUAUAUUUUAAUGUUUAUAUUAAAAUGUCACCUUUUGUUUUCCUUGGUUUCUUAAAAUAUGCUUUGAUUGUUUCUUUCAUCUCUCUUUAAAAAAAAAAAAAAAAAAAAGAAAUCAAGGGAAAACUUGUUUAGAGAAAAUUUCGAUUUGCACUUAACAAAUGGUUGAUUUAAAGCUCAUGUUCAGGUACCAUAUACUAAACUGAUUGUAUUUUGAGGUGGUGCUCUGUGCUUUUCACACUUUAUAAAACAUACUGCUGGUUUCUCUUCAGAAGUUUUUUUUUUAAACCUCUAUAAGUUUGUUUACUUAUUAAAUUUAUUUGCCAUGGUUGAUAAUGAUUGACUGCCUCAUAAUUACCAAAAGUAGAAAGUUUUGGAAUUGGUACUUAAUAAUAUAAACUGCCACUCCGUAUGUCUUGUUUAUUGAACCCUAAAAGAACACUACUAAUUGCCAUUAUACAUAACUGAAAUUAUUAUAAUUUCUUAACUAUUGAUUCUUGCAUCCUGCAGUAACCUGAACUUUUUAAGAAUGGUUUCUGUAAGGAAUAUCAUGUAGCCUUUUGUGUCCUGAAUCAUUAUUCGUUUUAUGGAGCUUUUAAUGUAAUAUGUUGCCAUUUUUAUGUUACUGUUAAAUAUUUUUACCAUUUGCACAUGCUUUAAGGUUUCUUGUGCUUAUUUAGUAAACACAAUAAUUACUGAAAAUAAAUUAAAUGGCAGAUUUGUUUCUCAUAUCACAGAUACUACCAUAUAUAGAGUAAAUGAAGCAUUUAAAGUUCAUGUGAUGCUUUGCAUAAACAAAAAUGUUUGUUUUGGAUCUUUUUUUGAACAAAACUACCAACAAUUCUCUUUAACUCCCAUAUAUUCGUUUCCUGUAGCCAUUACAAUUCAUAUUUGAGUCAGCAAAUCUAAUUUUUAAUGUCUUACAUUAAUCCAGUAUUUAUCAUUAGAAAUAAAUUCACUGUGUUGACCUUUUAUUAGUAUUUAAAAGAAGUGCAGUUGAGUAAGUGUUAAAGCAUAUUGAUAUUUUGUUUUUAAGUAUAUGUUCUCAUUGCUGCUAUUGUGGGCUGUCCUCAUUUAUGAAAGGCAGAAGUUAAUAGCCCAUAUCUAUAUAUGCUGCUAAAAAGAUGAUUAAUGAUAAAGAGAUUUAAACUGCUAAUCUUAACAACCUAUUCAGAUGCAAUUUUCAAUUUCUUUUAAAGUGUAUUAUAGAUGCAGUCUGUACAAAGGAGCAUUUUUGGAAGUAUUACACUUAACUACUGUGGUUCUCUUUGUAAGCCUAAUGUAUUAAAGAUAGGCAACUCUGAUUUAUUGACCUUCAUGGAAUCAUGGGUACUAAAUGCAACAAUGAUUGCUUUCACUUUAUAGAAUGACAUCUGUUUUUGGCUACAAAAAUGAUGGUACUUACUAUUAAAUUAUAAUAUUAAAUGUGACCUCUGAUAUAUUUUUUAAACUGUAGGUUUAAUUGUGUAUAAAUUUUGUUUGGAAUAAUUACUUUUGUUUCUCUUUCUUUGGUAACAUUUUCAGUUGAUAGCUAAAAUGUCUGGCUAAAUUCAAAGUCUUUAAUUACAGUAUGUUGGAUAGACUAGAUAAUUUUGUGUGAACUGCAGAGUGUGUAUGGUUUUUUAUUAUUUCAUUAGCCACAAACUCAAGAUUAAAGUAAACAUUUAAAGUGAACUUCAAAAUAAUUAUUGUGGCUGUUAAACUGAUUUGUAUUUGAACAUUUUAUGUACAUAUAAUAUGUCAAAGUAGAAUAUUUUAAAUAAACAUAACAUUAUUUUGUUUUUUGUUUAUUUAUGAAAUUUAGUUGUAAUUGAAGAAUGUGCAGAUGAUACUAAUUUAGUUUAGUAUUUACUGUUUAUUAAAGUAUCUUUUUAUUUA